AUGACCCCAGUUUGCCCAUUUGUGAAAGCUUCAAGGCCUGAUGAUGGAUCAUCAAGAAAACCAGGGGAGUGUACGAAUAAACACGCGGCCGAGCAUGAAGGAGGAGGCGAGGCAAAGAAAGAGUCUGGCGGCGAAUCUGCUACCGUUUCGCCUAAAUGCCCACUUGGAUACGAUUCUCAAACAUUUAAAUUGGGACCUCUUAGUUGUAUGAUAUGCCAAGCACUUCUGUUUGACUGUAGCAAAUGCGUGCCUUGUUCUCAUGUAUAUUGCAAAGUGUGUAUUUCGCGAUUUAAGGACUGUCCGUUGUGUGGAGCUGAUAUUGAGAAGAUUGAAGCUGAUACGGAUCUCCAGAGUGUAGUUGAUCGGUUCAUUGAUGGUCAUGCUAGAAUCAAGAGGUCUCGUGUUGACACGGAUAAAGAGGGGGAAGUAGGUGAGAAUAAAAAAGUGAUAUAUGAGGAUGUUUCUUUGGAGAGAGGUGCUUUCUUGGUGCAACAAGCCAUGAGGGCAUUUCGUGCCCAGAAUGUGGAAAGUGCUAAAUCAAGACUGAGUCUUUGUGCCGAAGACAUCCGAGGUCAGAUAGAAACAGCGGGCAACACAUCGGAAUUGUGUUCACAGCUUGGAGCAGUGCUGGGAAUGCUUGGGGACUGCUGUCGAGCAAUGGGGGAUGCUGGUUCUGCAGUUACAUACUUUGAAGAGAGUGUAGAAUUCCUAUCAAAAUUGCCUGCAGCUGAUCUGGAGAUAACGCAUACACUUUCUGUUUCACUUAAUAAAAUUGGAGAUCUCAAAUAUUAUGAUGGAGAUCUGGAAGCUGCAAGAUCUUAUUAUAUCCGAUCUCUCAAUGUGCGACGUGAUGCCAUCGAACAUCAUCCUAGUGUUUCAUCCCAGACUCUGGAUGUGGCUGUUUCCCUUGCAAAAGUUGCCGAUGUGGACAGGAGUAUUGGUAAUGAGGAUGCUGCACUUGAUAGAUUUCGCGAGGCCAUAAAAUUGUUGGAAACUUUGACAUUAAAACCUGAAGAAGCUGGUCUUGAGCAACGGCGCCUUUCAGUGCUGGAAUUUCUUAACAAUCAACUUGCAGAGAAGCGGUCAGAUUGA